UUGUUGUGCAACAGCGGGUUAGGUUGUACUUGCUAUGGCUUUGUGGCGGCACGAUAUUUCCGGAUAAGUCCGGUGACUUACUUAAUUUAGACUAUUUGCUUGACAUGCGUGACCUUAGAGCAAUGAGUACACAAGCUUGGGGAGCGUCUGCAUUGUCAUAUUUGUAUAUUUGUUUAUGCCGCGCUUCGUUGAGGAAAGCCAAGGAUGUGUGUGGAUUCAUUUCCUUAUUGCAGGUUUGGGCUUGGGAGCGAAUUAUACCGAUGCAGCCACCACCCAGGGCCCUUCAGCCACACACGGCUCUUGCACGAAAGUGGACUCAUCGUAAAGCUCGCGAAAAUGAGGCACGUGUUGUGCUACCCAUAUGUAGGGAUGUAUUGGACAACCUAACAGAUGGUCAGUUUGUGUGGCAGCCUUAUUCAGAGGCCAUCAUUAAUGGACUCCCUGAGUCUCUGUCGGCGUGGCCAAGAUAUUUGGAUGGCGCAGGUUCCCCUUAUUUGUGGGAUCUAUCGAGAGUGGCACAUGCCAGACCGCGUUCUCAGACAGUUCGGUAGGAAGCAACA